UUUGCCUGACGCAUCUCUCUCUCCUCUUUGAGAAAAAAAAAUUGCUGCGUCCUUUUGAGGUUGGAAGCGAUGACCAUGGCUGCGCAGCUGGUGAGACGGCUGAUCGGAAGCCGAUCGACCCAGAUAAUUGGAAGUGCGAACCCUAGCUCCGCUUCGCUCACGUCCUUCGCUAGGGCUUUCUCAUCCUCUUCGAUCACCGCGACUCUUUUCCCUGGCGACGGGAUCGGUCCAGAGAUAGCCGAAUCUGUCAAACAGGUUUUUAAUACCGCUGGGGUGCCCAUCGAUUGGGAAGAACACUACGUUGGGACUGAAAUAGACCCUAGAACCCAGAGCUUUUUGACAUGGGAAAGUCUCGAAUCUGUCCGGAGGAACAAGGUUGGCUUGAAAGGGCCGAUGGCAACACCGAUCGGGAAGGGUCAUCGUUCUUUGAACUUGACUCUUAGGAAAGAGCUGAACUUGUAUGCCAAUGUGAGGCCCUGCUACAGUCUUCCUGGCUACAAAACCCGUUAUGAUAAUGUCGAUCUUAUAACCAUUCGUGAGAACACAGAAGGCGAGUACAGUGGGCUUGAACAUCAGGUUGUUAGAGGUGUUGUGGAAAGUCUUAAAAUUAUUACCCGUCAAGCGAGUUUGAGAGUGGCUGAGUAUGCCUUUCACUAUGCCAAGACUCAUGGAAGAGAGAGGGUAUCUGCAAUUCACAAAGCCAACAUUAUGCAGAAAACCGACGGUCUUUUUCUCAAGUGCUGCCGUGAGGUUGCAGAGAAGUAUCCCGAGAUUGUAUACGAGGAGGUUGUUAUUGACAACUGCUGUAUGAUGCUUGUGAAGAACCCGGCACUUUUUGACGUAUUGGUGAUGCCAAACCUCUAUGGUGACAUUAUAAGUGACUUGUGCGCUGGACUGGUCGGUGGACUCGGUUUGACUCCAAGUUGUAAUAUCGGGGAAGGUGGUAUUUGCUUAGCUGAAGCUGUACACGGGUCUGCACCCGAUAUUGCUGGAAAGAACCUGGCGAACCCAACGGCUCUGCUUCUGAGCGGGGUGAUGAUGUUACGACACCUGAAGCUGAAUGAGCAAGCCGAGCGGAUCCACAGUGCCAUCAUCAACACCAUAGCCGAGGGCAAGUUCAGGACUGCGGAUCUCGGGGGAGCAUCCACCACGACAGAGUUCACAAACGCCAUCUGCGGUCACCUUUGAACCCCGUAAAGAUCGAUUCUUUCUUCUCUCUACAAUACAACUGAUUUCCACCGGAGGGCUGCUUAGCCUCUUUGAUUCUUAGAUGCCGAGGAGAAUCAUUACCGGCAUUGGCUUUUGUUUGAUCAUCUUUAGUUCUUCUUGAUCUGUCUGAACGCUGUUCUCUUUGAGUUUUGCCGCAAGGCAGAAGAUUCACAACAGGAGGAGAUGUUAUCACAAGCCCUCUGCAUCACAAAAGGGCUUGUUUCAAUAUCUCUGUCUCUUGGCUGAUUUGGUUGGUCGAUUAUGAUACGAUUAUUCCUGAUGAAUUUCUCGAAAUAAGCCGUACGGUAAUCACAGGUAUUGUUUCUGCCUUUCUGGGUUUUUGAUAA